AUGGAUCUUUUUCAUUUACUAGGUGGUGGUGCUCGCUUUGAUAAGAAUCGCUUCAAAAACGACGUUCACUUGUUUGAAGGCGAAAAAGAGGCAAAUCAGACACAAUCCAAAAAGAAGAACGCAGCUGUCGUAGAUUCCACUGUUCGCUCUCAAUUGCUGGAUGAAAUUGAUUUCUUCAAAACAACGCACACCAUUGUCGAUAGCAAUAAGAGCAAAGAUGAUAAAAAGGCAGCAAAGGAAGACGAGAAAGCCAGCAAAGCUUCAAAGAAAGCUACGCAACUGUGCACCGUUUUUGACACUGUAGAAGAGGCUAAGGAGUUUAGAAAGCAGCACAAAAUCAAGAUCUAUGGUACAGAUGUGCCCAAUCCUUUCCGAACUUUUGAAGAUCUUGCCUCACCAGCUUACAGCCUUGAUCCCAUCCUCUACAACAACUUGAUGACAGCAAAGUACACCACACCCACACCGGUGCAAAUGCAGUCCAUUCCCAUCAUGUUGCAUGGCCGCGAUCUCAUGUCUUGCGCACCAACAGGUUCUGGUAAGACAAUGGCAUUCCUUUUGCCCAUCUUGCAGGAUUUGAAGAAACCCGAGAAGAAGACCAGCUACCGUGCCUUGAUCAUUGCACCCACUCGUGAAUUAGUCCAACAAAUUGCUCGUGAAGCAAAUCACCUCAGUCAGGGAACCAAGUUGCGUAUCAAUGUUCUGACAAAGGCAACGGCUGCUGAUAAAUCACAGACACCAGAGUCAAGACAAAAGUUUGAUAUUUUGAUUACAACACCCUUACGAUUAGUGUAUGCCAUCAAGGAAAAGGAAGUGGAUUUGACUGCAGUCAAGCACCUUGUUCUUGACGAAGCAGAUAAGCUGUUGGAUCAAGGUUUCUUGGAUCAAACUGACGAGAUUUUUGCCGCUUGUUCCUCCACCACCAUCCAAAAGUCUUUAUUCAGUGCUACCUUUUCUUCUCACGUCGAAGAACUGGCUAAUACCGUUAUGAAAGAUCCUAUCCGUAUCGUUAUUGGUGCAAAGAAUGCGGCUACAGAGACAAUUAAGCAAGAAUUGCUGUUUACUGGCACAGAGGCAGGAAAGAUGAUUGCAUUGCGUCAAUUGGUUCAAAAGGGCAUCAAGCCACCCGUCUUGAUCUUUGUCCAAUCCAUUGAACGUGCCAAGGAACUUUUCCACGAACUGAUCUUUGAUGGCAUCAAUGUCGAAGUCAUUCACUCUGAUAGAACAAAGGCACAGCGUGACAACAUUAUUGAUCAGUUCCGUGUGGGUAAAAUUUGGGUGCUGAUUGCUACUGAACUCAUGGCGCGUGGUUUGGAUUUCAAAGGCGUCAAUUUAGUCAUCAAUUAUGAUUUCCCUCAAAGUGUAGCCAGCUAUAUCCAUCGUAUUGGUCGUACAGGUCGUGCUGGACGUCAAGGUGAAGCUGUGACAUACUACACACAAGAUGAUUUGCAGUACAUGAAGGGUGUGGUGAAUGUGAUGAAGGAGUCAGGCUGCGAUGUGCCUGACUGGAUGCUGAAUAUCAAGAACAUGACCAGCAACCAAAAGCAGAAGAUGCGCAAGGGCUUGAAUCGUGAUCAUAUCGACAGUACAUCUAAAUAUGACAAGUAUAAUCAAAACAAGAAAAAAGAGAUGAUUGAGGCUUCCAAGAAGCGUAAACGAGUGGCAUCUCAAAAGGAAAAGUUGGCUAAAAAAGAAAAGAAGGCGAAACAAAAGGAAGGCAAUUGA